UUAGACGUAUCGAACAGGAUGUAAACAAAAGCUGUGGUCGAUUUACACGUUUUGUUAAAAUAGUUGUUAAACAUUACACGUGUUCAAUGACCAUGCUGGGACAAUGGGCGUUUUGGCUGCUCCUGCUGAUGGUUCCUUCAGUCUGCAGUCUGGAUGUUCAAACUGACAAGUUUGAACCUCUGAAGGGAAACCAACAGCUCGAGAAAUUCAUAGCGGACAAUCAUGUCAGGAUGGUCUACUUUUACAAGACAGAUGUGAAAUAUUUGAAGUUCUUUUUCGUGGAACUGAACAAAGCAGCAGAUUAUCUAGAUUUGUAUAAAGUAAAAAUUGGACUGUGUAAUUGUACGGAUGAAGAAAACAAAGGGGUUCCUGACUGCAAUAAGCCUGGAACAGAAAAUAGCGUGCAGACUUACAGGAAUGGCAAUCCAUUGUUGGCACUGGAGUUAGAGACCAUGUUUGAUGUGAAUUCAAUACUCUCCAACAUUUUACAGCUGGUACUGCUGCGUGAGGUCCCCAUUCUGCAAAGCAAGGAGGAGAUGCAGACUCAGCUAGCUCACUUCAGAGGAAAGCAGGAUGUUGUGGUUGGUUACAUGAAGGCUAUUGGAACCUUCGAGCACAGAGUUUUCAUGGAGGUGGCCUACGCCUACUCAGAUAAAGUGAAGUUCAUUGUGAGCACUGACAGGAAGGCUACAAAACUGUUUGACCAGCCUCCUGGUAGCCACGGGGACAAGAUGUCAAUUUGGUGGGUGUGGACUCAGCUGAUGGGUACCAAGGAUACACACUACCAUAGCAUUCGCUUCAAAGGAGAGCACAGUCUUACGGGCGUAGCAAAGUUUGCCAAGCUUGUCACCUAUAAGAAAGUGUCUGACAUCCCUGCUGAUGGUAUGGACCCCUACGGAGACCUGGAUAUUGGCCUGGUCAGGUUCUACUAUGACAUCUCCAGUAGACAGGCUAUGUACCAGCUGGCUCACACCAUCUGUAAAUUCUUCUGUGGAAGUAUGGGGCAUAUCUUAAUAAACAUGGAUACUGAGGAAGGUCGAACUUCUGGCAAUUAUUAUGGGCCACUUCCUGCAGUCAGCUAUCAGAAAUCAAAAGAGACAGAUCGUUCAUUCAUGGGUGGGGACAUAAAGACAGAUAACGUGGCCUCUUUUCUGGAUGGAUUCAUUGACGGAGAGCCUCUCUACCCUGAUAGGUCAGAAUUCCAGUCAAUCAUGGCGGAAAAUAUGGAAGAAGUAAAGGGAGGAGAGGAGCACCAGGUUUCAGAUGAAAUCAUGGAUACAGACUAUGAGAAUGUUGAGAAACAAGACGAUAAGAUUGCCAAUGCUGUAGAAAAGACCAGGAAGAUUCCCAUGUUGUUGGGGCUGGUUCCAGCUCUAACAGAUAAAACCUUUUCCACUGUCGUGCAAGGAGCCAAUUUAGCUGUUGUACUGUUCUACUUUCCUUUUGAUGCAGUAAGCAAUGCUAAUCUGCGGAUGUUUGGUGAGGCGACAGACCUUUUGGGCCAACAGACGUCUUUCAAAUUUGCGCGAGUCAACUGCUACGACUGGACAGAUGUGUGUGCGCGUGCUGACAUCACAAUCUACCCCACCCUGCGUGUGUACAGGAGGGACCAGCCGUCCUGGGACUACCACGGGCCACAGGACGUACAGGCCAUGUUUGCUACCAUGAAAUUACUUGAGAUGUCAUCCCCUGUCUAUGUUGAAAAUGUUAACAAGGCAUUGGAGUUCAUUGCAGACAAGGGCAUUAAGAAAGUCUCUCCUAUGGGGGAGGUAACCAAUAUUACAGUGUUUGGACUCUUCAGAAAAGAAGAUACUAAAGAAAUGGCAGUCUUCAAGCAGAUGAGUGAAGAGUCAAGGGAGAGAAUCCUAUUUGCGUACACUGAUAUUCCACAAUCAGCCUCCAUAGCUGCUCAAUUGAAAGUGAAGCUACCAGCCGUGGUCUUGAGCAAGUUUGAUGAUGAUCUUCAACCGACUUCCAUGUAUGAGGGAAAUUUUAACUUGAGUGAGUUAAAGAUGUUUGUCCAGGAUAACAAGCUGCCCAAGUUGGGUGCUCUGACCCCGCUGAUGUUCCCAGAGAUCCGUCGUAAGUUCACCAGCAUUGUUGUACUGUUCACGGAUGGGACAGACAGGUGUCAGCAGCCCAUGGACUCUGUGAGAGAGGUGGUGAAGGGAGAAAACUUCAGCAAUGUGUCAUUCAACAUGAUGGAAGUACCUGACAAUAUCAGUGCUGGGUACCAGGUGUUGAGUAAAUACAUUGUGGAACCAAGCGUCCCUCACAUUGCCCUGGUCAACUUCCAAAAGACAAAUGACACUAAGAAAAUUAAAUAA